AUGCUCCAUGGAACUCCAGCUGGCUCUAAGGGUGGAGCUUCGCCUUCUGGAUGGAUGAACAGUCAGUUGUUUCUUCCUGUGUUGCAGCAUUUCGUACAAAACGAGAGACCAUCUAAAGAACAUCCCAAACUAAUAAUCCUUGAUAAUCAUGAGAGUCACUUAGGUAUUGCAGCACUAAAUUUUGCUAAGCAAAACGGUAUACUCCUUUUGACAUUGCCACCCCAUUGCAGCCACAAGCUGCAACCAUUGGAUUUAGCAGUAUUUGGGCCAUUUAAAAAAUAUUAUGGUGCAAGUUGUGACAGAUGGAUGACACUCCAGUCAAGAGAACAUAGAGGAAGAAGCAAGACUUCGAGAAGAAAAAGCACAAAAAAAAACCAAAGAACUAACAAGAAAAAAGAGGCAGUAAAAAGACGUAUUCUAGAAGACAGCUCUUCUGAUGAUGACAGUGUUAUCUAUGAAGAAAGCUCGGAUUCUUUAGAAGAAUUUGAUGCAUAUGACGAUAGUCCACAAGCUGUGACAAAAGGCGAUUUUGUAAUCGUGAAAGUGUAUGGGCAAAUAAAUAAAUUUCAGACAUUAUGUUGGUGA